GCCCCUCGCGCGGUAGGUUGCGUCGCACAGAAAGUCACCUCGGUGUCGGUCAGAAGAAGCUGCUACUGACGGUUAGCAUCGCUAGCUUGGUGAGAGAGGCACCGGGCGAAGGUCGACAGUAGGACGGCAGCAUCCACCGCUUCACUCUCACUCACCCGCCGCUCGCUUAUCUAUUUGUCGGAUAAGACAUUUGAUAAAACCAGCGGCUGCUAAAGGAAAGACCCGUAGCAAGCUAGCCGCCUGAGCUAGCUCCAAGUUAGGUUCACUACCCUCCUCUCUCCGUGUGAACAUCCACGAUCAUGGCUGCACUCAGAGCCUCCUACCACCGGAUCAUGGACCGGAUCGAGCACAUGCUGCCCGCCAAACUGAGACCCCUGUACAACCACCCGGCAGGUCCUAGAACAGUUUUCUUCUGGGCCCCAGUGUUUAAAUGGGGUCUGGUCGGAGCUGGUUUGGCUGAUAUGACUCGACCAGCAGACAAACUCAGCCCCGCCCAGUCUGCGGUGCUGACGGCCACAGGGCUCAUCUGGUCCAGGUACUCACUGGUCAUCAUCCCCAAGAACUGGAACCUGUUUGCUGUCAACUUCUUCGUCGGCAGCGCAGGAGCCUCCCAGCUCUACAGGAUCUGGAGGUACGAGCAGGAUAAGAAGGCAGAGGCUAAAGCAGCUGCAGAAUCCAAAGAAGCUGCAGAAUCCUGAGUGUGUUCCCGCAGUGGACUCAAAGGGAGACUUGAGACCAGGCACCGACCUGCCCCCUCAUCAUCAUCACCAUCAUCUCAUGUCUUCUUCAUUAUAUCCAUGCCAUAACCACGAUUCUACCACAUCAAGCCUGUCGUCCCUGUUGGAAAUGUGCACUUUCCUUAAGUUUCUAUUUUCCUCAGGGUCUUAAAAAAAAAAUCCACAAGAAAUAAGACGAGAAUUUUUUUAACUGUAGUCAACACGCAAGAAUGGUGGUCAUCAGCGCACAAGUACAACUUGUUCAACAAGUUGAAUGAUUGUACGUUAAGUUCAUGCUGAAUAUAUCAUGCACUAAUUGAGAAGUUUUGCUUUUUCCAUCAGUUUUUCAGGUGUAGCAAAUCAGUACCUCAUGCAAUAAUUUCCCAAAAAAAUAUAACUUCACUCUUGGAUUUGUGUUGAACAUGAUUGAAGGAAUGUUUCCAGAUGAAAUUAAGAAGGGCACCAUCGGGUUGUUUUUUCUACUACUUAUUUAUAAUUAUAAUAAAUUUAUAAUUUGGUUAAGUUGCAGCAUUUGUACCUCAGUGAUGAUUGAAUCAGUAUUUCAUGUAACAUUUCCUUCCAUCUCAUCGGCAAAAUCCUAAUUUGUGAAUCACUUGAUUAGUUUUUUCUCUUGUAGUCAAAACUGUAUAGAAAGAUGCUGUUAUUUUCUGAUAUUGACACCAAUGUCACAUAUUUAACCUGUGCAGCUUUUUAUUGAUUGUUAUGACGGAGUGAACCAGUAAAAACUGUUACUGACACGUUAACUCUGGCUCUUUGAUUUUAAAACCCUCACUUUUGAUGCCUCAUCGUUGUUAGAAAAUAUAUUAAAAAAUGGUUUUCUUUGACAUGUUUCCACUGUAGUUACACUGAAUACCCCCAGUUGAUUUGAGCAAUAAUUGGUGUUGUCACUUUCAAGUUUUUCUUAAUCUGCUGUAAGAAAAAUGGGACUUUGAAGGUUGAUCAUUAAUGCUCUGUAAUAGCGUUACAAUGUUAAUAAAUCCUAUUUAACACCUAC